AUGUCAAUUCAGGAUGCUCUUCUAGCUUUAUCUUCAAAAAUAAAUAGAUCUCUUGAUGAUAGCAAUGCAUGCUUAUGCAUUUUUAUCGAUUUAUCUAAGGAUUUUGAUACCGUUGGUAAGUUCAAAACUAAUGUUAAAAACUCGAUAUUGACAGUGAUCAGCUGUCUACUAACUGUCAAACAGCAUGGACACAUAAAAUCUAUAUUUAACUUCUUAAAACAAACUAUUCCUGUUCAGCAUGUUCCAAGUAUAGGUGAUUAUUAUCGUAUUGCUGUAGCACUUAUAAACCGAUACCAUCCAACUAUUCAUAUGAAUGGAGCUGAUGCUGAAUUGGCAUUUCGAAUAAUUGAAAAAGCAAGAGAACCAGAUAUAGUGCAAGCAUUUGUAAAUGUAAACAAUCUUUUUGCUAGAAACAUAAAUAGAUGGGUUCGAAUGGAUACUGUCCAUCUAAUGGAAUUCCCACAAUUAACUCUGGAAUAUUUACAAGAUUUGACGACUGGGGUAUAUCAAGUAAAUCUUGCACCCUCUUACGUGCAAGACAAGCUCCAAAGAGACGCAGAUGAAAAGUUUCAGUUUGAAAUGCUUAGAGGCGAGAACAACUUGCCCGAGCGUGGUUUGCUUAGAGUUAGAGUUUAUUCUCGAUUCCGGAAUGCGACAAAACAUCAGCUUUGCAUCACCGUUAAACCAAAUGAUGAGAUUGAAGGAAACGAGGAAGAUUAUGAAUUCAACCGGAAUGAAGAGCCCAUUUUCGGUUAUUAUUGCACUUGUCCGUCCGAUGCUCGUACUGUUGGUACUUGUGUCUAUGUUGCAAGUGUCCUAUGGUUCUUAGGAUAUGCUAGGCACGAAGCUAAUAUUCGUUAUCCAUCAACUAGUCUCGUUAAUACUAUUCGAAAUGCAAGAAACCGUCCACAAUAA